UUUUUUUUUUUUUUAUUUCGUUUUUUUUUCUUUCUUAUUCAUAUAUUAUUUAUAUAACGAAAUAUGCUUACCAAUAAUUUAGUCUCAUUAGCAUCUUCAUCAACAAAUGUACGACUAGAACGCUUUAGAACGGAAAAUGAAUUAGCACGGAAUUUUUAUGAUGAUUAUGAAUUUUGCCCUGUAUCUCAUUUAGAUGAGGUUAUCGAAGAUCGAGAAAGAAUUCAAAGACGAACUUCACCUCAAUCAUCUCCAAAUUUCAUGGUAAUACAUACUCAGUCCUCUUAUUGUAUUUCUCCAAAAAUGCAGUAUAUUCAAUGUCCUUCUACCAACCUGCUUUUCCCGUCGAAAUCAAGUUCACCCAGUACCACUAUUCCUAAAAAUACUGUAUCCACAACAAAAGCCAUUCCUAUUAUAAAUCCUACGAAUAUGGUUCCUGUUGCUAUACCACCUAUACAAGAUAGCUAUUCCCAAAAGCAGUGGAACAGUCACUUUUCUUCUAAUAAUUCAUCCUAUAGUAAUAUGAAGAUGGAUGAUAGUAGUAUAAACUACAAUUUCAAUAGCUACCAUUAUUAUAAUCACAAUUUAUAUCUGCCACCAUUAAUGACUCAAGCAAUCCCUAUUGUUGACCCUAUUACACAAAAGUCCUUUCAUUAUCAUCAACAACGAGAACAACACACUUCUCCUGGAUUUCAUAAUGUUUCAGUAUGCUAACAACCUAAUUUCUCCUCUAAAAAAAUCCAUUUCUGCUUUAUUUUAUUGUUUCUAUAUACUAUAUACAAAAUGAUGUCGUAAUAUAUUGUGCUUUUUUUUUAAAAAAAAAAAAAAGGAUGAGGGUUUCUUAACUAUAAAUACCUUCUUGUUCUCCUUUAAUUUAUCUGUGCUUCAUUCUAUUGAGUUAAUUAUGAAUAGAAUUUAUUUUCAAAUACAUGUAUGUCCUUCAAGGAACCCG